CAACCCCGCCCCAUCUUGCUCCGCCUUCGUGGGAGAAUGGAACAACCGACUCAUACGCUCACAGAAGGACGGGCGAACAGCGCAGGGAUGCUGUCCCUGGGAGGCAUCCUGCUGUUGCUCACGGAGCUUCCAGAAUAUUCUUCAAUUUCAGGUCCCAGUCGUUCUUGAGAAGUCAAGAUUGCGUCCCGAUUUUACUCUACCCACUCUACCAUAUUCCCGCCAGCCUUUUUGCGAAUGGAUUUCCACCACGAUGGCGAACCAUCUUCGGCCUUUACGGCCUCCGAGGGCCGUCCGCGUACUUCGAAAACGAGGCGGGAUUCAGCGUCAGCAUCAGCGUCACUCUCCCGACCACUAAAGCCCGUGCCCCAACUCAGACGCCGCCGCACGGAAGCAGGAAUCAGCGGGAGGCCAGAAGCUCCAGAGACGAUAGUCAUCGGCAAGAGUAUCACGUACCCACCGCCACCUGAUAGCCAGUUCCGGCGCAUUUGGUAUUAUAUUGACGGUCCGCAAUUGAUGCGAUUACCCGUCGCACCGCCACCUGAAGAUGUCCUGCCGGAGUUCAAGUGGUCCGUGCCCGGCCUCACACGCUACUACGGCAAGCGAUAUCCUUUGUUGUUUGUGUGGGGCUUGUACGCUACGGCUCUGGUCUGUUGGCUGGGAAUUAUUUGCAUACCACUUUCUUCGGGCGCCGGGUAUGCAGUCAAGGAACCGCCGUCCACAAGCACCGAAGGCGCUGGGAGGCCGCCACCUCUCAUAACAAUACCCAUCAACUACACGGUAUACAUCUUUGUGCUCUUCCCGUUUUAUGUCCUUUCCGGCACGCUGUGCGUUGGGUAUUAUUUCCACAGCUACUCGCCUGAAUUCUGGUUGCUUCGCGCCUGGGAUUUCUUCUUCUGCUUCAUACCCAUGAUGGUCAUACCCGUCGCGGCGAACCAUAUCAUGUACAAAUACCAACCGGAAAUCAUCGAGUCGAAAAUCUGGGUGUUCUGGACCAUUAUCCUCGGCUGCUCGUGGGGGAUAUGCUACAUCGGCAUCCUGAACUUUCGGAAGCAACGAAAGUGGACUGUCUUCACGCACUCGAGAAGGGCAUCUCUCGCGAGUUCCCCGGACGGCGCUGCGGCUAAGGGUGCGUCCUCCGACACGGAGAAUCCAAGGCUCUCCACGACCGAGAAGUCAAGGGGAAGUAUGGCGCGACACCAUCACCAUGACCCGCGCUGUAGCCCCGAAGCCGCCGCCGAUCCGUAUGGCAAGCCGGAGCCGAUGCCGUUUCGGACAAUGUUCUGGAUGUUGGGUCAUAUUGUUCAGCUUCUGUGCCUUUAUUAUGCUGGUCAGGUAAGCCCUUGGCGCGUUGUCCCCCUUUGCCCUGCACUGGAGAGCCUGAAAGAUGCCUGCCAUCACCUAACAUUUUGAUGCUCGUUUUUAGAUCUUAACCUACGUCUAUUUC